ACUAUUUUGACAUAUGUCAAAUAUUCUCAUGUGAUGAAAGUUUCGGUUCCAUUUUGUCACGAUAAAUACCAUUUCAUUCAAUAUAUAACAUCUUUUCAAAAUCAAUCACAAUGACUUCAAUCCAACCAUUAGUAACCCAUUUCAGACCAUUUCUACGAUUAUUAGAAUCCAGAACAGUACGAAGACAAAAUUCCCGCCAUGGACAAUCCUGCGAUUUUGACUGUUGUGGAAAGCCGAUAGUAAAAGCGGAUGAUGUCGUAGUCGAGAAAGAUUUGGAACCUUGUUCUUUUGAAACCUGGAAACCCAAAAUUCCAGUACUAUGUCCAGAGCCAGUAGUGGAGAAAAGGCAUCCGAUUAAGUUAAAACCGAAAGUGUGUUACGCCGAAAUGCAACCGCCACCGAGUCCAGCAGAACUUACAAAAAAAGGAAAAGAUUGUUUAGCUAAAUUUUCUCCAAGUAACAUACCUAAACCAGUACCACAACCUCAGAGUAUUCAUAAAGUUUCAUGUUGUGAGAAACCAAAACCGACACCAAAACCUAAAUUACCGUUUCCGGAUUGGGAUUUGGACUGUAAAAUGGAUGGUUACUAAUGAAGAAACAGGAUAAUGAUUCAUUGGAAUAACAUUUCAGUCGACUAAAUACAAACUCAUCUAUUUGAAACAAUAUUUAGCAAUAAUAAAUAAAUUGAAUUUGGAGAACUAUAAAAA